GCGCGGCCUGGCGUGAAGCCUUGCAGAUCCUGGAUGGCUUGCUGGAUAAGGCAGAGGUGUCGCCAAAGAGCGCGCCGAGCCUGUUGGUAGCUUGUUCAGCUACACUGGGUGCUUGCGUGCAUGGUGGGCGCUGGGAGCAUGCUUUGAACCUCUUGGAUUUCGCACAGCACCUUGCUCUCCAAAGACGAGAGGCCAGUCAGCCAUUCUUGGUGGCCUUGCACGGCGCAGUGAGCGUUGUUGCUGAAGCGCUGCUGUGGGAGCAGGCACUCCAGCUCCUGCCAAAGAUGCAGGAGGAAGCAGCCCGACAUCCUGGGGUCCCAUUGACCUCUUUCCGCGCAAGCAACGCCACGGUGGCGGCCUGCAGCCGUAUUUCCGCCUGGCGAAAGGCCUUGGAGCUGCUUUUCACACCUUCAGGCCGCCUGGCUCCUGAGGACUUAGCCUCGAUCAACGCUUCCCAAAGCAUUGGUUGUCGGAGAGCCUGA